CCUUGACUUCGAAGUCUCCACCCAAAUAUUACUUUAGCGACAAAAAUCAUCAUCUACCAAUCGGCAAUUACAACACCCAGAAAAUUCAACAAAAACAAAAAACCCUCUGAAGAGUAGUAAUUUUCACUUUUCAGAGCGGCGUGUGUAGAGUAUUAUCACUCGAAAUGGCCUUCUCCACUCGCCGUGGAGCGGUCUCCGGCUGGGCCAACCGUCUCCUCCCAACCUCCUCCGCUGCCAAAUCAAAGGUUCCAUCUUCCCGAAAGUCACGCAAACGGACUGUCCUGAUCAACUUUUUCUUCGCUAACUUCGUAUUAAUCGCGCUUUCAGUGUCAGUUCUCUUCCUCCUCACUAUACUCCUCUUCGGCGUCCCCAAGCCUCUGUCUUCCCCUUUUAAAUCCCAUCAUUCUCGUGUUGUUAAUCACCGAAAACCCAUCUCGAGAAAACCCAUAUCGGAUCUCAAUUCUUCGGGGGCUGUGGUUGACAUAACCACCAAAAACUUGUAUGAUAAGAUUGACUUCUUGGAUGAGGAUGGUGGGCCGUGGAAACAAGGUUGGAUAGUUAAUUACAAAGGGGACGAGUGGGAUGGCGAGAAACUCAAGGUCUUUGUCGUACCGCACUCGCAUAACGAUCCUGGUUGGAAGCUCACUGUGGAGGAGUACUAUGACCAGCAAUCCAGGCACAUACUUGAUACCAUCGUCGAGACGCUCUCUAAGGAUACUCGGCGGAAGUUCAUAUGGGAAGAGAUGUCUUAUCUGGAGCGAUGGUGGAGAGAUGCCUCUGAAGAUAAAAGGGAAUCAUUUUCCAAUUUAGUGAAGAAUGGGCAGCUAGAAAUUGUUGGAGGUGGUUGGGUGAUGAACGAUGAGGCAAAUUCGCAUUUUUAUGCCAUAAUUGAGCAGAUAACAGAAGGGAAUUUAUGGUUGAAUGAAACUGUUGGCUAUGUCGCAAAAAAUUCUUGGUCUAUAGAUCCAUUUGGUUAUUCACCUACCAUGGCAUAUCUUCUCCGUCGUAUGGGUUUUGAAAACAUGCUCAUUCAGAGGACCCACUAUGAGGUGAAAAAGGAACUUGCUCGAAGUAAGAAUUUGGAAUACAUAUGGCGUCAAAGUUGGGAUGCUGAGGAAACUACUGAUAUAUUUGUGCACAUGAUGCCCUUCUAUUCAUAUGAUAUACCACAUACUUGUGGGCCAGAGCCUGCUAUUUGCUGUCAGUUUGACUUUGCUCGAAUGCGUAGCUUUUUAUAUGAGCUCUGCCCAUGGGGACAACAUCCGGUAGAAAUCAAUCAGAAAAAUGUGCAGGAGAGAGCUCUAAAGCUUCUUGAUCAAUAUAAGAAGAAAUCAACUCUUUAUCGUACAAAUACACUCCUGAUUCCUCUUGGAGAUGAUUUCCGCUAUGUAAACGUCGAAGAAGCAGAAGCGCAGUUUAGAAAUUACCAAGUGCUGUUCGAUUAUAUCAACUCUAACCCUAGCUUAAAUGCUGAGGCGAAGUUUGGUACUUUGGAUGACUAUUUCCGUACUCUUCAUGAAGAAGCUGACAGAAUAAAUUACUCUCUUCCUGGUGAGAUUGGCUCUGGUCAGGUUGGAGGUUUUCCUUCCCUAUCUGGAGAUUUCUUUACGUAUGCAGAUAGGCAACAAGACUACUGGAGUGGCUAUUAUGUUUCAAGGCCUUUCUUCAAGGCUGUUGAUCGGGUGCUAGAGCACACCCUUCGUUCAACGGAAAUGAUGUUAGCUUUGUUACUUGGAUAUUGUCAGAGAGCACAAUGUGAGAAGUUACCCAUUGGGUUCUCUUACAAGUUAACAGCUGCAAGAAGGAAUUUAGCUCUUUUUCAGCAUCAUGAUGGUGUGACUGGUACUGCUAAGGAUCAUGUUGUUAAAGACUAUGGAAGUCGGAUGCAUAUAUCUCUACAGGACUUGCAGAUAUUUAUGUCUAAAGCUAUUGAAGUACUGCUUGGAAUCCGACAUGAAAAAUCUGAUCAGAACCCAGCCCAAUUUGAGCCAGCCCAGGUGAGAUCAAAAUAUGAUGUUCAGCCAGUGCAUAAAGCAAUCAGUGCUCGUGAAGGAACUUCACAAGCAGUUAUCCUAUUUAAUCCUCUCGAGCAAACCAGAGAAGAGGUGGUGAUGGUGGUUGUUAAUAGGCCUGAUAUUACUGUUUUGAAAUCCAACUGGACUUGUGUUCAAAGCCAAGUAUCACCUGAAUUAAGGCAUGAUAAAAGCAAGAUUUUUACUGGUAGGCACCGUGUCCACUGGAAAGCUUCAGUACCCCCUUUGGGAUUGCAAAUGUAUUACAUUGUCAAUGGCUUUGUUGGAUGUGAGAAAGCCAAACCAGUGAAACUAAAAUAUUUCUCAAAGUCUAAUUCGUUUUCUUGCCCAGCUCCAUAUGCCUGUUCCAAAAUAGACACGGCUGAGACUGAAAUCGAAAAUCAACAUCAGAUUCUCACAUUUGAUGUUGGGCUUGGUUUGCUGCAGAAAGUAAGGCACAAAGAUGCUUCCCAAAUUGUUGUGGGUGAAGAAUUAGGGAUGUACUCUAGCUCGGGAAGUGGGGCUUAUUUAUUCAAGCCUAAUGGUGAUGCCCAACCUAUUGUUGAGACUGGUGGACAGAUGGUCAUCUCUCAGGGCCCUUUGAUGCAGGAGGUUUUCUCUUACCCAAAGACGGCAUGGGAGAAAUCACCAAUCUCCCAUUGUACUCGGAUUUAUAAUGGAGGUAAUUCCAUACAGGAGUUUCUAAUUGAGAAGGAAUAUCACGUUGAGCUCCUUGGCCAGGAUUUCAACGACAGAGAAUUGAUAGUUAGAUACAAGACAGAUGUGGAUAAUAGAAGGAUAUUUUAUUCUGAUUUAAAUGGCUUCCAGAUGAGCCGGAGGGAAACCUAUGAUAAGAUUCCAUUGCAAGGAAAUUACUACCCUAUGCCAUCUCUUGCAUUCAUGCAAGGAUCCAAUGGUCAGCGUUUUUCUGUCCAUUCCCGACAGUCACUGGGUGUGGCAAGCCUUAAAGAUGGAUGGUUAGAGAUUAUGCUUGACCGCCGUUUGUUAGCAGAUGAUGGACGUGGUCUUGGCCAAGGUGUGAUGGAUAACCGUCCAAUGAAUGUAGUAUUCCAUAUCCUAAUGGAAUCCAACAUCUCUUCAUCUUCCAACCCUUUUUUGAGUCAUCUUCCUUUAAGCCCCUCCCUUCUUUCGCAUUGUGUUGGUGCUCACUUGAAUUAUCCAUUACAUGCUUUCAUUGCCAAGAAGCCACAGGAUGUGUCUGUGCAGGUGCCCUCAAGGUCAUUCUCUCCCUUAGCUGCUUCCUUACCAUGUGACAUGCAUAUUGUGAACUUUAAGGUUCCUUUCCCGUCAAAAUAUUCUCAGCAGCCACUCGAAGAUUCUAGGUUCGUCAUAAUCUUCCAAAGACGACAAUGGGAUUCUUCAUACCAUCAGAAGGGAAGAUCUCAAUGCACUAGGGUUGUGGAUGAGCCUUUAAAUUUGUUCAACAUGUUCAAGGGGUUGGCAGUGCUGAAUGUUAAAGCAACUUCUUUAAAUCUUCUUCGUGAAGACACGGAGAUGCUUGGGUACAGUGACCAGUUAGAAGAUGUUGCUCAAGAUGGACAAGUACUCAUCUCUCCAAUGGAAAUACAAGCAUACAAGUUAGAGUUGCGGCCUCACCAGUGAAUCCUUAGCGUUUUUGAUUAAUCGCUGUAUCUUUACUGAUGCGGACUAAAGGGAUUGGUGGCAGAAACUAGUGAGCUCAUUCCAUUGUCAAAAAAGUAUAAUUGAUAGAUCUGGUUGCUACUUCAGGCCUGUUCCUGAUGAAGUUGAGGCCAUGGCCAUGGUAGGGAUAGAGGUGUUUCUCACAAACAGUGGCAUGUCUGGCAUUUCUUUUCCUCUUCCAGGUUUACAGUAGACCAUGCUGGUGAUUGAUGAGGUUUUUAAUUUUCUUUUGCCACAGCUAUGAUUUUGCGUUGAAUUAGAAUGAGCAAUGCCCUUACAGGUGGGGAUUUGAUGUUAACUGUAAUGCUGGUGAUUGAUGGGGUUUUUAAUUUUCUUUUGCCACGGCUGUGAUUUUGCUUUGAAUUAGAAUGAACAAUGCCCUUACAGGUGGA